AUGGAUAGAGUGAAGAAGUUUCUCGGUGUCCUCCAGGGACUUGGUAAUUUCGACUCUGGAUACUACUCUCAGAAAUUGCAAAAGGCCUCCAAGUCGACCAAUUGCCUGAAGUACUUUGACUAUCAGGGCCCGGACGUUUCUCAGGAGGGCACCACCUUUGACGAUCACGACUGUCAGGACCUCGUCAACCUCCUGGCCGCUGCCAGCAUUGCGAGAUGUAUCGCCAACGUCUCCGACGACUAUGGAUUCCACAGCUCGGUGGAUACCGACAAGGCCAAGGAGCUGUCCAAGAAAACGAUCACAAAGCUGCUCACGCCCAUGUACGGGGACCACGUCAAUAACCAUCUGCGCUCCAGCGGCAUGCCCACCCUUCAGCAGCUGCGGGAGGAGGAGGGCUUCCUAGACAACUAUCACAAGCUCCUUCUGGCUCCACCUUUUGACCACAAUGCUCUCAGCCGGAACGUCAGCCGCGACUACACCAUCGCCCUUUUGUUCUGCUACGAGUACCUCAAGCACGGGCCGGGUUUCAGCAUGACCGAGGUGCUCAGUGCCGAGAGUGAGGACAUGAAGCACUGGGUGGCUGUCUUUCGUGGCUGGAUCGAACAGUCACAGAGCGAGGCCUUCCGCAAGGCCAACCCAGACUUCCGUAUCGAACAGAUGCUCCGCAACGUCGGCGGCGUACUCGCCCUGGACGGGUACCCCGACGCGACCACGCGGCAGGUGGCCGAGCAUCUGAAGGACCGCAUCGUCGGCGACAUAGUGAGGUGGGAGAUCCAGGACGACAUCGACCAGUAUGAGAUCCUGGGCCAGACCGUCUGGGCUUCGUGGGAUUCGGCGACAAACGACUACCAGAGCGCCGCCGUGCAGGCGGUGAACAAUGUCAGGGAGACCACCAAGGUUGUGCCAACCUUCACGCGCGUGCCGGCGCCGACGCAGGUGACGAGCACCUUUGGCGAGUCUGUCGACCAGUACAUGACGGCGUUCUGGGGGACGUCGCUCUUCAAGGCGCGCGCCGGCAACCGCGUGCGUAGCCAGUGGCUCAGGCCCAACAUGUUUGGCGGGUGCUUCCGGCCGGGGACGCAGGUGAUCGUCGCCUCGGGAACCAAAAACAUUGAGGAUCUCGUUGAAGGCGACCGCGUGCUGACCCGGGGCGGCGCCGAGCCGCAGUGGGGCCUGUGCUCGGAUGAAACGGUCCGGCAGCCGGCCACCGUCGGUGACGGAGGCGGAGACGGGGACAGGGUCCAACUAUACGGAUUCAACGGCGAGCGCCCAUUUGCGUCGGCCAACCAUGUCUUCCACACAACGACGGGUCUGCGGGCUUUGGACCCGGACGGUGCGCGCAGGGAGAACCCGUGGCUCGAGGUAGGCUACCUGCGCGUCGGCCACCAGCUGAUCCGGACUGAGACCGGCGCGAGCUACGGCCCCGUAACGGUCGAGUCAAUCGGAAGCGAGGAGGCCGACUGUAGUCACAUCCACGGUGUUCACCUCCGCGAAGGCCUGCGCAGCUACCACGCCAACGGCUACCUGGUCCACCUCAACUACCCGGACAUUACGGCCAAGAGCAUCUCUGACACGCUGCGCGCCGUCGAACCGGCAGAAAAGAUGAACAUGCUGGCGCAGUUCCGCGAGCUGCAGCCUCUGUUCGAGCGGUUCGGUGGGUCGACGCUUAUGGACGCCCUCGAGGGCCAGCUGCUGGACUCGUACACGAGCAAGAACCCGCUGGUGCUGGUCAGCGUGCCGGCCAACAAUGCCAAGCUUCGGCCGCAUGUGAAGCAGCUGCAUUGGAAGUGGAACCUGCAGGACGACGGCGAAGAGCCGACAGCCCAUCCCGAGUCUGUCUUCCCGUCCGUCUCUGUCUUUGAGGGCGUGCUCGCUGUGGACGGCGUCUACUGCGAAGCCGCGAUGCUCAAAGACUGCACGCUCGCCUGGUCCCGCUAG